UACAAUUGUAAUCUUAAAAGGCGGAUGUUUCCCCCGUUGACGAAAUGGCGCUGCCGAGGUUUCUGAUUGGUCCACAGUUUCCGCGCGAAAACCACGUCACCGAGCGAUUUCGCGCCACGCGUUGGGUAUUUGGGAAGAAGCCUCUGAUACGUGAGUGGUCAAGAUGUCUUCACCCUCAUCCAGUGCACGUAAGCGUGGCAGGAGCAGCAACCCGUCGACUCCUGCUACCCCACAAGUUUCUGGAUCCCAGGAGUCUUCCACGGGAGAGUUACAGCCCAUGCCCACAUCCCCGGUCACCGACAUGCAGAGCCCUGUCCCACAGGAUACCUCUCUCUUCUCCAGCCCCGUGCCCCGUCCCUCUGUUCCGCAGAGUGAACCGGAUAUGAGUUCUCCACUGAUUUACGACACACCCAGCCGCGGGACUCCGGCUCGCCAGAGAGCUGACCUGGGCUCGGUCAGGAAAGCGCCACAGGUGGAUCUAAACUCUGAGCCGCCCUCAGGUGAUGCGACGGUAGCCAGCGAGCAAAAUGCCGGCCAGAGACUCGUCAUCUGGGGUACUGACGUCAAUGUGGGAACGUGCAAGGAAAAGUUUCAGCGUUUCUUGCAGAGAUUUAUUGAUCCCACAUCGCGGGAGGAUGAGAACGCGAGUUUGGAUCUGAACGAGCCACUGUACAUGCAGAAACUGGACGAGAUCAGCGUUGUUGGAGAUCCCGUGCUGAACGUGAACUGUGGCCAUAUCCAAGCUUUCGAUGGAGAUCUUUACCGUCAGCUCAUCUGCUAUCCUCAGGAAGUGAUUCCAACAUUCGACAUGGCGGUCAACGAACUGUUUUUUGAUCGCUUCCCCGAUUCCGUCCUUGAGCACCAAAUCCAAGUGCGUCCUUACAACGCGCUGAAGACCCGGAACAUGCGCAACCUCAACCCCGAGGACAUCGACCAGCUCAUCACCAUCAGCGGCAUGGUGAUUCGCACCUCUCAGCUCAUCCCCGAGAUGCAGGAAGCGUUUUUCCGCUGCCAGGUUUGCGCGUUCAGCACGCGUAUAGAGGUGGACCGUGGCCGCAUCGCCGAACCCGCGGUUUGUCGGAACUGCAACACCACACACAGCUUGGCGCUGGUGCACAACCGCUCCGUGUUCUCAGACAAACAAAUGAUUAAGCUGCAGGAGUCUCCGGAGGACAUGCCCGCUGGUCAGACCCCCCACACCACAGUGUUAUAUGCCCACAACGACCUGGUGGAUAAAGUACAGCCUGGAGAUCGUGUGAACAUCACUGGUAUCUACAGAGCCGCCCCCAUGCGCUUAAACCCGAGACAGAGCCAGGUGAAGGCAGUGUACAAGACCCACAUCGACGCCAUCCACUUCCGCAAGACGGACGAGCGGCGUCUGCACGGACUGGACGAGGAGAACGAGCAGAAGCUUUUCACGGAGGAGCGCGCCACCACACUGAAGGAGCUAGCUAACAAGCCGGAUAUCUACGAGCGCCUCUCCUCCGCCCUUGCACCCAGCAUCUAUGAGCACGAGGACAUCAAGAAGGGAAUCCUGCUGCAGUUAUUCGGAGGCACACGGAAAGACUUCAGUCAGACUGGACGCGGUAACUUCCGUGCCGAGAUCAACAUCCUGUUGUGUGGCGACCCGGGUACAAGUAAAUCCCAGCUUCUGCAAUACGUCUACAAUUUGGUCCCUCGCGGUCAGUACACGUCGGGUAAAGGCUCGAGCGCCGUGGGUCUCACUGCCUACGUGAUGAAGGACCCGGAGACACGCCAGCUGGUGCUGCAGACCGGCGCACUUGUUCUCAGCGACAACGGUGUGUGCUGCAUCGACGAGUUCGACAAGAUGAGCGACAGCACGCGUUCGGUGCUGCAUGAGGUCAUGGAGCAGCAGACGCUCUCCAUUGCUAAGGCUGGGAUCAUUUGUCAGCUCAACGCACGGACUUCCAUCUUAGCGGCAGCCAAUCCCGUGGAGUCUCAGUGGAACCCAAAGAAAACAACGAUUGAGAACAUCCAGCUCCCUCACACGCUCCUGUCCAGGUUUGAUCUGAUUUUCCUGAUGCUGGAUCCUCAGGACGAGGUGUAUGACAGACGCCUGGCACAUCAUCUGGUCUCUCUGUACUAUCAGAGUGAGGAACAGAUAGAGGAGGAGUACCUGGACAUGGCUGUCCUCAAGGACUACAUUGCUUACGCCCGCACAUACAUCAACCCCCGGCUGAGUGAAGAAGCCAGCCAGGCGCUUAUUGAGGCCUACGUGGACAUGAGGAAGAUCGGCAGCGGCAGAGGGAUGGUGUCCGCUUAUCCCCGUCAGCUGGAGUCGCUGAUCCGACUGGCGGAGUCUCACGCUAAAGUACGCUUUUCUGACAAGGUGGAGACCAUUGACGUGGAAGAGGCGAAGAGACUGCACCGAGAGGCACUGAAACAAUCAGCCACUGAUCCCAGAACAGGAUUUGUGGAUAUCUCCAUCCUGACUACAGGUAUGAGCGCGACAGCACGAAAGCGUAAGGAGGAAGUUGCUCAGGCUUUAAAGAAACUCAUCCAGUCUAAGGGCAAAAUGCCGGCCAUGAAGUACCAGCAGCUGUUUGAUGACCUGCGUGCCCAGUCUGAGGCUGCCAUCACCAAGGACAUGUUUGACGAGGCUCUCCGAGCUCUCACGGAUGAUGACUUUUUAACGGUCACAGGGAAAACUGUGCGCCUGCUGUAAAUAAAUAAUGCACUCGUCACCAAUUCCUGUUGAGAAGAAGAGUUCGCCCUGUCUGUAGAGCAAUUAUUAUUGUUAUUCAUGUUCAUGUAUAUUAAGGCCUGUUUUGUUUUGUUUUUGCUAUUAAAAUGUUUUGCUAGUCAUGA